CCUAAACCCUCAACCGAAAAAACGUAGUGUUGUAAUCGUCUGCUGCUCCGCACCACAUCCCCACUCCGUAAUAGAGACGAGCCGCUGUCCGUCUCUCCCUACGCUCUCUCUCUCUCCGCCGCGGCCACCGCCAGCCGUACCUCCUGUCACGAGUUCCUCCCACCUAACUAUCUAUCCUCUCCAAACCACCACCGAUUUAAUCCCGAGUUUCUCAGAAUCUCAUUCCUUCCGGUUCCAUGGCGUACGACGGAGGCAAACUCAAGUCGACCUCCAUCAAUGGUGUCAAGAUGUACAGCGUUGCUUCCCAGCAACGCUCUCUCGCCACCUGGCUUAACCCUAAGAAGCGUCGAGCUCUUCGCAAAGACCAAAACUAUAUGCAAAGAGUGGACUUGAUCCAGGAUCUGAGGUUUGAAACUGCAACGACCAAAAUCAAGGCAACUCCUGACGGAGAGUUUCUAAUUGCAGCAGGUAUUUACCCACCACAAGUCAAAGUUUAUGAGCUGAGGGAACUUUCACUCAAGUUUGAAAGGCACUUGGACUCUGAGAUAAUCGAUUUUCAGGUUUUGGCCGAUGAUUAUUCAAAGCUUGCGUUUUUGUGUGCUGACCGUUCUGUUUAUCUACAUGCGAAAUAUGGAAAGCAUUACAGCUUGCGGAUUCCAAGAAUGGGAAGGGAUCUUGCAUAUGAUUGCUGGUCUUGUGACUUGCUUUGUGCUGCCUCUUCUCCAGAAUUAUACAGGAUUAAUUUGGAACAGGGGCGAUUCCUCUCUUCCCUUAGCACACAAUCGCCAGCACUAAAUAUAGUUUCUCGGAGCAAGCUUCAUGGUCUUGUUGCUUGUGGUGGUGAGGAUGGUGCCGUGGAAUGUUUUGACUUGAGAAUGAAAUCUUCAGCUGGCAGGAUUAAUGCUGUUGCACCUGCUGGUGACUUUGACCAGGAAGUCACUGCAUUAGAGUUUGAUGAAAAAACGGGUUUCCAAUUGGCUGUUGGAAGCAGUGCUGGAAAGGUGCUCAUCUAUGACUUGCGCUCAUCACAUCCUAUACAGGUUAAGGAUCACAUGUAUGGUAGCCCGAUAUUAGACAUUAAAUGGCAUCAAACUCUAAACUCUGAGGGGCCAAAGUUGAUAACCACUGAUAAUCAUAUUGUUAGAAUAUGGGAUCCUGACACGGGUGAAGGCAUGACCAGCAUUGAGCCAACGGCUGGCACAAUUAAUGAUAUUUGUACAUUCCCGGGCAGUGGGUUGAUGUUGCUUGCUCUGGACUGCAGUCAGAUUCCAUCUUAUUUUAUACCUGAACUUGGACCUGCUCCGAAUUGGUGUUCUUACCUGCAAAACCUUACUGAGGAGCUAGAGGAGGGUGAACAGACUACUAUUUAUGAUGAUUUCAAAUUUUUGACAAAAGAAGACCUCGAGAGGUUGAAGUUGACUGGUCUCAUUGGGACCAAUCUACUUCGAGCUUACAUGCAUGGGUUUUUUAUUGAUUAUCGGUUGUAUAAAAAGGCAAAAGCUUUGGCAGAGCCUUUUGAUUAUACUGAAUACAGAGAACAGCGGAAACGAGAGAUGCUAGAGAAAGAACUUGCAGGAGAGCGAAUUACGGUUAGCUAUUCUUUUGUAUAUAUAUGGGUCUAUUUAUACACGUGCCUGGCAUUAAUUUCUAUGUAUUCCAAGAAAUUCUCUCUUGUGACCAAGGAAAUCACAAUAUAUAAGGAUUUCUGAUCCUGCAUGUUAAAAUUCUUUAAAGCUCUAUAUUAUUUGCAUAUACCAUGUCUACAUCCCUUAUAAGGUGAGGAUGGUUUUUAAUGAGAAGUUCGAAAUUGGUAUCCUCUACGGUUUGUGCUAUUUUCUAGCUGGGAUAAAACUUUUGCAACUUAACCUUUUUUGUGAGUCUUUCUUCAAAGUACUUCAACCAG